AUGGCCGCGGGAAGAAUCGAAAAGGAGCUUAACAGCGUCAUCCGCAAUCCUCCUAGCGAGUACACAGCUGCCUUGGAGAAAGAUGCGUUCCACUGGGCAGUCACUAUGCAUGGACCAACCCAAACCCCAUACGAAGGCCGUGCCCUCCAGCUAAAAGUCUCCUUCCCCGAAGCCUACCCUUUCGACGCGCCCAAAGUGGCAUUCACCAGUCGUGUCUACCACUUGAACGUGGAUGCGAAGGGUGAGAUUCGCUUGAAUACCCUCCAGGAUAAGUGGGCUCCGAAUAUGAAUAUUCCUCUGCUUUCGAUUCAUAAGCUGCUUAUCGAGCCGAACCCUGAUUACCCGGCUGAUUCGGAGGUCGAGAAGCUUUGGAAGAGUGAUCGGGAGGCAUACAAUCGGAAGGCGAUGGAUACUAUUCAGUGA